UGGUGACUAUCGCCAAGUCGAAGAAGUUUCGGGAUAAUCACGGGAAGGUCCUGCUGGAGGGUCACAGGCUGAUCAAGGAUGCACUGGAGGCAGGAGCUGUGCCGCAGACACUCUUCUUCAGCACUGUGGGGCACCUGAAGGAGCUGCCUGAGGCGGAGAUAAAACGGGCCAGCUUGAUUAAGGUGAAAUUUGAAGACAUUAAGAUCUGGUCUGACCUCGUAACUCCUCAGGGGCUUCUAGGCAUCUUUUCCAAGCCUGACCACGCCAAGAUGUCUUACCCUGCCGCUCAGCUCACCAACUCCUUGCCACUGCUCCUCAUCUGUGACAAUAUCCGAGAUCCGGGAAACCUGGGCACUAUUCUGAGAUCCGCAGCAGGAGCAGGCUGUGAGAAAGUGCUGAUCACCAAAGGCUGUGUGGAUCCGUGGGAGCCAAAGGUGCUCCGUGCAGGCAUGGGGGCUCACUUCCGACUGCCCAUCGUCGCCAACCUGGAGUGGGAAUCUGUUCCCAGCAACCUUCCUGCUGGCACCCAGGUGUGCGUGGCCGACAACAAAGACCCAGGCGCUCCGGCCAAGACCACAUCCGUGCCGAGAGGGGCUGGCAGGGCUGGCUCUGCUCCUGGCAACACAAAAGCUCCUGUGAAAUCCAGACCCGAGGCUGCUCCUGACCACGAGGAUGAGGAGGAGGCAGCAGCAGAUAUCCCAGAGCUGGCCACGCAGUGUUACUACGAGGACUGGGCACGGACUCCGGUGGCCGUGGUGAUCGGCGGGGAGACCCACGGCCUGAGCGCGGACGCGCUGCACCUCGCGGCCAGCACGGGGGGGAAGAGACUGGUCAUUCCCGUGGUGCCCGGCGUGGACAGCCUGAAUGCUGCUAUUGCUGCUGCCAUCGUGCUGUUUGAGGGGAAGAGGCAGCUGCUGAGGAGGCACAAGGAGGAUGACAGGCAGAAGGUCCCUGUAGCAGGCUGAACUGCUGCGUGUUGGGUGCUUAAGGAGCACCUCUCUUCCCUUUGGUUCCCUCAGAGUUAAUAAAAGAGCAGCUCGGGCUGUUUGUUUUGCAGUAAA